AUGGAGCAACUCUUCCUCUAUUGUUACUUCGCGUACCAUCUUUGGAGGUCUUCCCCUUGGGGAGUUAUUCUGAUUUUUGAAUUUGGAGCUCGUGUUUGGAAUUUGGUAAUAUUUCUCUGGAACUUGAACUUGAAAGGAGUGGAUACUGACAAGUUGUUCCUAUAUGCAUCGAUUGUACUAGAUACGAUUUGGAAGACCCGAAACGAAAAUGUACAUAACAACUCCUUGAGUAACAUUAAGCACUCUAUUGAUUCUAUCUCUUUUUGUUACACAGAUUUUGCAGCUUGCAUGUUUGCUCCAGCUUUGGCUGCUGUGUCCCCUGUUUGGUCCCCUCCUCCAGAAGAUUGGAUUAAAAUCAAUUGUGAUGUUAAGGUAGGUAGCGGAUCCAUGUGUGUGGCGGCUUUGGCAAGUGAUCAUACAUGGAUAGUUUUGUGGGUAGCAGCUAACAUUCUCGACUUCGCGGAUCCUCUGAUUGGUGAAGCUAUGACGUGUCGAUUAGCAUUGGAAUCAGUUCUGUUGAAGAAACACCUUUUUGUUCUGAUUGAGAGUGAUUUGGAGAAGGUUAUUAAUGCUCUGAAGGGAACUUAUUCCAGUUGGACUAUUGAUAAUUACAUUUUUAUUUGUAAUCAACUCUCUAAUCGGUUUUUAAGUUGUAAUUUCUCGUUUAUUUUUAAAUGUUGUAAUUUUGCGGCCCAUAAUGUGGCUAGGUGGGCUUUUGCUCAGAAUAUUUUGGGCAUGGUUGAGAUCUCUUCUAUACUUGACUAUAUCUUUCGUAAUGACCGAGAGGUCUAA